AUGAGACGGUGUUUUGCGACGCGGUUAACUUUUCAACGUCUGCUGUGUGGCGACAAGUUACCACUUAAAGAUGCUGCAGCUGUGCAGGAAACUGCAUCGGCCUUUCGCACGCGCUACCCCCUCGUACCGAUCCCUGUUCCCAUUGGGGCCGCGCUGAGUAGGAACUACGUCCUGCAGGGCGAACCGAAACGGGCCGUGGCGUUGCUGUCCGCUCAUCCAUCGGCAUUUGCCCUGGCGGAGGAAACCAAGCAGCUACUUUCUCAGGAUGCAAACGUGGAUGCGGAUACACUGCUGCGUCUUGUCGAUGCGGUCCGCCCCGUCUCAUCGGUGAUAUCGUGUGAUUUUCUCAGAGCCUUUGCGGGUCGCCUAUCGAGAGAGGGAAAAACGCAGGAGGUGAAGCAGCGGCUGAUGCGAGAUAUACGCGAGGUGCCCCAUCUUGCUGGCUCACUGCUUUGCCCCUUGACGGAAAUGAGUGACGCAGCGAGUUCAGAGGACAAAGUAAACGUCGCGGAGGCUCUGGACAUUGCCCUCAAGCGAUCGUUUGUUAGCCCAAAGGAUUAUGGUCACGUGUUGCUGCUACUUUCACGUGGUGGUGAGCAUCGGAAGGUGUUGGCUUUGUGGUCAUGGAUGCGGCACUCCUCUGCUCGAUGGGACAAAACGGCGGCCUCCGCGAUGAUCAUCUCAGCGUCGCUCUCCCGGAAAAUGAAUGCCGCCAUAGCCGCCAUUCAAACUUUGGCAGAGGCCAAUGAAGAUCCCACAAUUGAGGCACAGAAAUAUUUUAUACGUUACUUGGCAUCCCGUGUUCCUCCGCUGUCACGCUAUGCAGAUCAACUCGUGUCACACUGGUACACUGAAACACAGCUGUGGACAACAGAGGCGCGUGUAGUAGGGGUGGAGCUGCUUUUUGCACAUUAUCAUGGCAAGGACUACGAUCAAUUACGAGAUGGACUUAUUAGAGCAGGGAGGGAGGCGGUCACGGAGGAGGCAAAACAGGCAAUUCUUAGAGUGAAGGGAAUACCAUAUAUUAUGCGGCAUUUUGCUUACAAUAUUGCCGAGGAGCCAUGGCUGCAGGACUUUUAUAAUUCAGGGAUGCAAAUGAAAGAUCUUGGCGAGUACCCGCAGCUUUUGGGGUUGUUGGCAAGUCUUGCGCGUCAUACGGAAGCGGAGAAGAAGUUUGUGGAUUCCAUAAGAGAACUAAAAAUAACCGUGGAGGCCUUUGAAGAAAUGGCGACAUUUGUAGCAGAUGACAUCUGCUUUAAAAAUGCAGAAGACACGUUGCAUUUUAUUCACAGCAUGGCCGAGGCGCUGUCGCAGCAGGUGCCCAUGAAUCUGAGGAGCUGGCUGGAGCUCCUGGGACAAAAAUAA